AUAGUGGAAAAAAAUAUAUUCGUCGAUGUAAACAAGCGGUGAAAAAGGAGACACUUUUCGACGAGUGAUUUGUAUGAAGUUCCACUGCCGUGGGAAUAGUUUUGUCUCAGCAUUAGAGCAAUGACAUAUCAGUUCCUUAUUUUUCUCUUGGAGUUACUAUCCCCUGUUAUUGAUAUAUUCUGAGUACAGCUAGAUAAUAUUUUAAGUUAUGGCCGAGGAAUCUGUUCCUGUAUGUUGCGUCUGUCUCCAAGUUACGUCGGAUGCAGUUCCAAUAAUGGAAGAGGCAGGAACCAACCAGGAUGAGCCAAGUGAACCCUCGGAGGCAAUUUCACGCGGAUCCAUAGUCUCGAAGCACUUCUGGUUUGAGUUGAAUGACUUACAAGAUGCUAUCAUUUGUUGCGAUUGUUGGUCAAGAAUCGACGAUUUCCAUCAGUUUUACUGCGCUAUUGAAGAGAUUCAUGCACAAAAAGAACAUUUUUCGAUUACCAGCGUUAAGGAUGAAAAUGAUAUUGCCACCGAAACAGAUGAAGGAUCACAAGAAGCGUUACAUUACACGACUGACGAUGGUCACCAAGUUUUCCUCGAGUCCUUCGUUGAAGAUGACGACGAUAAGGAGGCUGUAAAGCGUUUAAUAAAUGAACAAUCGGAAACGGUGGUUGAACCAAAACUAGCAAAACUACGAAAAUGCCGGAAGAAACCUAAACCUGUCAAUAGGAGGGCGAGGGACGAUGAACUUAUUUCAAAAUAUUGCAAAAUGCAAUGUGAUCAAUGCUCGCUUGAGUGUGCCAACUUCACUGCAUUGCAGAGACAUUCAACGUCAGUGCAUCAAAAACGUGCGAAUGUUUUCUGCUGCGAUCGAAAAUUCAACAAAAGGAUCAUACUAUUUGAACACAUCCAGCAACAUUUGAAUCCCGAGCGAUUCCAGUGCGAUCUUUGCAUGCGCAUGUGUGUAAAUGAUGAGGCUCUCAAGACGCAUAAACUCAAAGUCCAUACUCCAGUCGAUGAGAGACCGUUCAAAUGCGUCAAGUGCCCGAAAGCCUUUGUUGACGAAACCACUCUUGCCAGCCAUCUUAGCUAUCAUCUAGCCUUAGAGACGAAAGAGUACCUUUGUCAGCAAUGUGAUCGAUUUUUCGGAAAUUCAUCUCUUCUAAAAGCACACGUGAAAAAUCGUCAUUCUUCAACCUUCGAGUACGUUUGUGACACAUGUGCUAAAGGUUUCAAUCAACGGAGUCUUUUCUUGGGACAUCUUCAGGAACAUGGGCCGAAGGCACCAAAGGAAAGGGCAGAAUGCCCGAUUUGUUUCCGCUGGCUGGGGAAAAAGAGCAUGCGCUCGCAUAUGCGUCGGCACGAUUCGCCCAGCUAUCGGUGUGACUUGUGUGGGAAGGAAUCACCCAACGAGAUUGCUCACAAGAAUCAUGUGCGGGUCACCCACACGGACGCCAAAUUUACCUGCAACAUCUGCGAUAAAGUAUUCAAGCGAGCGGUGUACCUGAAGGAGCAUAUCGCGUCGCACAAUGGAGAAUCUCUGUACACGUGUCCCUACUGUCCGAAAACGUUCAACUCUAACGCCAACAUGUACUCCCAUCGGAAGAAGAUGCAUCACCGGGAGUGGCUCAAGACGAAAAUGAAGCGUUUCGCAAAGCAAGAGUGAAUACAGUGAGGGUUUACUUCUUUAAUGCUUUGUAUGGUUUUCUAAUAAAACGAAUCCAAAUGGUAGAUACAUCAUA